AUGUCCCCGAGGGCCACCCGACGCCUCCUCCUCGUGGCCGGGCUCGUGGCGGCGCUGGGGCUGUCGCCGGUGUCCCCAAUCCACGUGUACACGCAGCGCGAGGUCUAUGGCACCGUGGGCUCCAGUGUCACCCUGUCCUGCAGCUUCUGGUCCAGCGAGUGGAUCUCGGAGGACAUUUCCAUCACCUGGCACUUCCAGGCCGAGGGCUCCCGUGACAGCAUCUCCAUCUUCCACUACGCCAAGGGCCAGCCCUACAUCGACGACGUGGGGACCUUCAAGGAGCGCAUGGAGUGGGCGGGGAACCCGCGGCGCCGCGACGGCUCCAUCGUCAUCCACGGCCUGGAGCCCAGCGACAACGGCACCUUCACGUGCGACGUCAAGAACCCGCCCGACAUCGUGGGCAAGUCCUCGCAGGUCACGCUCUACGUGCUGGAGAAAGUGCCCACCGCUUGCCACCCCCGUUACGGUGUCGUGCUGGGCUCCGUUAUCGGCGGGGCGCUGCUCUUGGUGGCCGCGCUGGUGGCCCUGGGCUACGGCAGCCGCUACUGCUGGAGGCGGCGCCAGGCGGCUCUGCAGAGGCGGCUGAGCGCCAUGGAGGGGAAGCUGCAGCGCUCGGGCAAGGACGGCUCCAAGCGCAGCCGGCAGGCCCCCGUGCUCUACGCCAUGCUGGACCACGGCCGCAGCGCCAAGAAAGCCAAGGGAGGCGCGGGCGACUCGCGCAAGGAUAGGAAAUAGCGGUUAGCGGGCAGGGAGGGACCCCCGGGGGCGGCCGGGGCCGCGGGGGACCCCCGGCCCCCCAAAGUCAUCAUGACCAUCGAGAUGGAGCUGCGGGGGGAGCCCCAGGCCGCGGCCCCGCCCGCCGCCCGCUCCCCGAGCCGGGGCAGCCUCAAGAACGCCCUGCUGAGCAUCAUCAAACCCAACUCGGGGGGCUCCUGAGGGACCCCCCCGGCCCCGGCCG